AUGGCGGAGGCUCUUGGAGCUUUGUUGGAGGCGAGCUUGGAUCCCAGACGGAACAAGGAAGCCGAGAACGCCCUUCGUCAGGAAGAACAGAAGCCCGGCUUUUCUCUACAGCUCCUCCAGAUUACGGCGUCCGACUCCCAGCCCAACAACCUUCGUCUUGCGAGCGCCUUGUGCUUCAAGAACUUUAUCAAGCGGAGCUGGACCAACGAGGAUGGAGAAUACAAGCUGCCUCUGGAUGAGGUUUCGACCAUCAAGCGCGAGCUGAUCACCUUGAUGAUCUCCGUGCCUCCUGCGAUCCGGACUCAGCUUGGUGAGGCCGUCAGUGUGAUUGCCGACAGUGACUUCUGGGAGCGAUGGGAUACUCUUGUGGAUGACCUUGUUUCGAAACUAUCGCCAUCCAACCCUGCCGUCAACAUUGGUGUCCUCCAGGUUGCGCAUUCCAUCUUCAAGCGCUGGCGACCGCUCUUCCAAUCCAACGAGCUUUACAUCGAGAUCAACCACGUUCUCAACAAGUUCGGUAACCCAUUCUUGGCCCUGAUCGAGGGACUGGACAGCUACCUCGAGCAAAAUAAAAAUAACAAAGAAAACCUGAUUCAAGGUUUCACCCAGCUCAACCUAAUGGUUAAGCUUUUCUACGACCUCUCCUGCCACGACCUUCCCCCCAUGUUCGAAGAAAAUAUCUCCGCAAUUGCGACCAUUUUGCACAAAUACCUGACAUACGACAACCAAUUGCUUCACACCGAUGACGAUACGGAGGCAGGUCUCCUGGAGUACGUCCGUGCUGGAAUUUUCGAGGUCUUGACUCUUUAUGUCCAGAAGUUCCUCGACGCCUUCGGACCUGAGGUUGGCCAAUUCAUUCAGAGCUCGUGGGGUCUUUUGACUACUAUCGGUCAGGAGACCAAGUACGAUAUUCUUGUGAGCCGAGCCCUGCAUUUCUUGACUUCAGUGGCUAGCAUGCCCGAGCAUGCCGCCGCUUUCCAAGCGGAGGAAACCCUGGGUCAGAUCAUCGAGAAGGUCAUCUUGCCUAAUGUGAGCCUGCGUGAGUCUGAUGAGGAGCUUUUCGAGGACGAGCCUAUUGAGUUCAUCCGAAGAGACCUUGAAGGGUCUGAUAGUGAGACCCGCCGCCGUGCUGCGACAGACUUCCUCCGACGCCUGGCCGAGAAGUUUGAAACCUCGGUGACGAAGGUGGUUCUCAAGUACACCGAGCACUAUCUCGCUGAAUACACCAAGGACCCUUCGUCCAACUGGAAGUCCAAGGAUACAGCCAUCUAUCUCUACUCCGCUGUCGCAGCCAAGGGUGUGGCAACCUCAAGUCACGGUGUCACAGCUACCAACAGCCUGAUUAGCAUCACCGACUUUUUCCAGCAGCACCUUGCGGCUGACCUGAUCUCCGACGACGGCAUUCAUCCUAUUCUCAAGGUCGAUGCCAUCAAGUACCUGUACACAUUCCGAAGCAUCAUCACAAAGGAGCAAUGGCAACAGGUACUCCCUGUUCUAGUGAAGCACCUGGCUUCUCCCAACUACGUUGUUUACACAUAUGCUGCAAUUGCCGUGGAACGAGCUCUGUUCCUCAGUGAUGGCCAGGGCCAGCCAGUCAUUCCUCCGACUGAGAUCACUCCGCUCGCUAAUGACCUUUUGGAGCACAUUUUCCAGCUUAUCCAGAGGGAUCCGGCUCCCCAGAAGGUGCAGGAGAACGAGUUCUUGAUGCGAUGCGUGAUGCGUGUCUUGGUUGUCAUUCGUGAGGGUGUGGUUCCUUUCACUGAUGUUGUGCUGCAACGCUUCAUUACUAUCACCCAGAUCAUCAGUUCCAACCCCAGUAACCCGCGAUUCUACUACUUCUUCUUCGAAGCCAUGGGUGCUUUCGUUCGAUACGCUGCUCCUGCCAAUCCCGACAAGCUCGAACAGGCUCUCUAUGCUCCCUUCGCCGCUAUCCUUCAGGGCGAUGUGCAAGAAUUCAUGCCAUACGUCUUCCAGCUCUUUGCUGCCCUGUUGGAGGCCAACUCGGCCGCUAACCUGCCCACUUACUACCAGGAGUUGAUUGCUCCCAUCUUAAUGCCUGUCAUGUGGGAUUCUCGAGGAAACAUUCCUGCUCUUGCUCGUUUGCUUUCUUCGAUCAUUCCCCGUGGGGCCCAGUAUAUUGCUGAGCACAAUCAAAUUGAACCUAUCCUGGGUAUCUUCCAGAAGCUCGUCUCCACCAAGGCUAACGAGGGCUAUGCAUUCGAUCUGCUCGAGACAGUGGUCGCAGCCUUCCCGCCGGCCGCUUUGGAACAAUACUUCAUCAUGAUCAUGCAGAUCAUCUUGCAGCGUCUGCAGAACUCCAAGACGGAGAACCUGUCCAUUCGCUUCGUUCGGUUCUUCCACUUCAUCACUGCCCACGAUGACAAAGGAUACGACCCCGACUUCAUCAUGCAGGUGACAGAGAAGGUGCAACAAAACCUGUUCACUCCUGUCUACCUCAACGUCAUUCUCCAGGACACACAAAAGCUUGCCCGUCCCUUGGACCGCAAGACUGCCGUCCUUUCCCUCACGAAGACACUGGCCAACUCGGAAGCCUUUGCCACCCGGUACGCCAAGGGAUGGGGCUUCACCUGCAACACACUUCUCAAGCUCCUUGAGCUUCCUCCUGAUGUGACUCACAAGGAUGACCUUGCAACCGAAGUGGACGUUGAGGAAAUGUCCUUCGGUGUUGGCUUCACUCCACUAAACACCAUCAAGCCGCAGCAGAAGGACCCUUGGCCCGAGACCGGUGCUGACCUUAAGAAGUGGGUCGGUGCAUACCUGAAGGAGGCGGACAAGAAGCAUGGCGGUCGGAUCUCGCAGUUUGCACAGGAGCGUCUGGACGACCAAGCCAAGACGGUGCUGGGUAGCUACAUUGCUUGA